AUGGUUUUCUCCCCAGUGUUGACACUGGCCCACUCUGGGACCUCCAAUGUUACUUUUAUUGUUUAUGAAAAUGCCUAUAUGAAUUUUACCACUCCGGAGUCCCUGCUUCGUAGUGGCACAGCACCACCACUGAGAUAUGUGCUCCCCACUGAGGGAGGUGCUUUGCUGGUGACCACCACAGCUGUCCUGCCAUCACAAGAGGUUUUCAGGAGCUUGAGUUUGCCCCUCCAGAUCAUUCUUUCUGCUGCUAUGAUAUUUAUCCUGUUGGUUUCUUUCUUCGGUAACUUUGUUGUCUGCCUCAUGGUCUACCAGAAGGCAGCAAUGAGAUCUGCAAUUAACAUCCUCUUGGCAAGCCUGGCUUUUGCAGACAUGCUGCUGGCAGUGCUGAAUAUGCCUUUUGCUCUGGUAACAAUCAUUACCACUCAGUGGAUUUUUGGGGAUAUAGUCUGCAGAGUCUCUGCCAUGUUCUUCUGGCUUUUUGUCAUCGAGGGGGUAGCCAUUCUGCUUAUUAUUAGUAUCGACCGAUUCCUUAUCAUAGUUCAGAGGCAAGAUAAGCUGAACCCUUGCCGUGCAAAGGUCCUCAUCGUGAUUUCCUGGGCAGCAUCCUUCGUCGUUGCUUUUCCCUUGUCAGUAGGGAAUCCAAACCUGCAGAUCCCCUCGAGAGCACCUCAGUGUGUUUUUGGCUACUCCCCGAGCCCAGGGUACCGAGCCUAUGUUAUAGUUAUUUUGCUGAUUUCUUUUUUCAUCCCCUUCCUGGUGAUGCUCUACUCUUUCAUGGGCAUACUCAACACCGUCCGCCACAACGCGGUUCGUAUCCAUAGCCACCCUGACAGCAUAUGCCUCAGCCAGGCCAGCAAACUUGGUCUCAUGAGCUUACAGAGACCUUUUCAGAUGAAUAUUGAUAUGAGCUUUAAAACUCGUGCCUUCACAACCAUCCUGAUUUUGUUCCUUGUCUUCAUAGUCUGCUGGGCACCCUUCACCACUUACAGCCUUAUUGCCACGUUCAACAGCCACUUCUACUACAAGCACAACUUUUUUGAGAUAAGCACUUGGCUCCUUUGGCUCUGCUACCUCAAGUCUGCACUGAACCCACUUAUUUACUACUGGAGGAUUAAGAAGUUCCACGAUGCAUGCUUGGACCUGAUGCCCAAAUACUUCAAAUUCCUGCCACAGCUCCCUGGCCACACGAGGCGACGCAUCCGGCCCAGCGCCAUCUAUGUGUGUGGGGAGCACCGGUCGGUGGUGUAA